AUGGCUGACGAGUUUGCAAAGGUAAAUACAUUGAUUUUGCUUAUAAUAUUAGUUAAAAAAUGGCAUUUUUUGAUGAUGAUUUGUUAGGGGGGGGGGAGGUGAUUUGUGAUUUUAUUUUAUUUUUUUAAGAAGGGGUGACUUUUUUAUGAAAAAAUUUUAUAAAACCUUUUUAGUUGACAUACCUAACUGGAUUUGGCAACGAGUUUCAAACGUUUGAUCCUCGAAAGCCUGGGGCCCUGCCAAUUGGUCAAAACAGUCCUCAACAAUGUCCUCAUGGUUUAUAUGCGGAGCAACUGUCAGGAACGGCUUUUACUGUGCCCAGAAGUGGAAAUAGAAGGAGGUAUGGAUAAUUUAUUUAUUUAUUUUCCAUAUUCACUCGUAACCAAUAAAAUCAAAAUAAUAUGAAACGGAUAAGUUAUUCUGUUUAUGAUUCUAGCCUAAUUUCUAGUCUUAGCCGUGACUCUAGCUUUAGCUCUUUUUCAACUUCUAAGCCUAUCUCAGGCCCUAGGUUCAGCUUUAUUUCUAUUUCUAGUCUAAGCCCUAGCCUAAGCCGUAGCUUAAAAUAUAGCCUAAGCCUUAGCUUACGUCUUAGCCUAAGUUUUAGCUUAAGUCUCACCUCUAGCUUAAACUUAGCCUAAGCUUUAGCCUAAGCCUUUAACUUUGUCUAAUCAUGCUGACAAAUAAAAUACCUAAAAUAAAAUUAUAUAGCUCAUUAAAUAGAAGCUGAUCUAAAUUUUGAUUUUAGCUGGCUCUACCGAAUUCGACCAUCAGUAAUUCAUAAGCCUUUCAAGCCGUAUGCAAAGGAAGUUGGCAUGAUUAGCGACUUCAACAAGUUCACCCCUGACCCAAAUCAAUACAGAUGGGCACCAAGGCCAUUUGCUACGAAAAAAGUUAAUUUUAUUGAAGUGGGUUUUUUAAAUUUUUAUUUUUUAAAAUUUUUAAUUUUUUGAAAUUUUUAAGACUUUGGAUGUGAAGCCAACAAUAGUUCUGCACCUCUAGAAGCUUUGCAGAUGGCUGUGGUCCAAUAAUUUAUAUAUUAUAAUGUCUAAUUUUAGUCGCUUUACACCUUUUGUGGAGCUGGAGAGCCUACUACGCGAAAUGGCAUAGCUAUUCAUAUGUAUUCUUGCAACACUUCAAUGGACAACCAGUGUUUUUAUAAUUCGGAUGGAGACUUCUUGAUUGGUAAGUUGGUAUUACGUGUUGAAAAAAAAUAUAUUUUGUUUGCACGGUGCAAAAAAAUUAACAAGGAAAGUACCCUGUCCUGCUAUGCUUCACAUAAAACUUUGUAUAUAGAAAGAUCAUGUAAAUAUAACCUCUUCAAAACAGUAUCAAAUCCCGCUUUCCAGUCAAUCUCGAGAAAAUCGAGAUUAAAAAAUAACGUUUUUAAUUUCCGCCAAAUUGGCAUUGUGUUUCAAGCUUAUAAUCUUGCUAUUGUUUGACGUUUAUUCAUUUUUCUUUAAUAUACUAGUAGAAAACCCUUAAAUGAACCUACAUUUUUAAAUUUGUAAGCGUAGUUUGUCUGAAAAGUUCAAAAAAGAGUGCUUUAAACACAAUGUCAAGUUUUGCCCAAUUGGCGGGAAAUUCAAAUAUUUAAAUUUUAAAACUUAUUUACAGCGCUGUUUUAAUUAAAAAAAAAUUUUACUGGCCAAUUUUUUUACUCAUAAUCACAAAUAUUGUUUUAGUUCCUCAAGAAGGAGAUCUGAGGAUCACCACGGAGUUCGGCCGUCUUUUGGUGAAGCCUUUGGAGAUUUGUGUCAUUCCACAAGGCAUUCGCUUCAGAGUUGAUGUCAAUGGAGACACUAGAGGCUAUAUCCUGGAGGCCUACGGUACCCACUUCCAAUUGCCUGAUCUUGGCCCAAUUGGAGCCAAUGGUCUGGCUAAUCCAAGGGAUUUUGAGGUUCCUACGGCAUGGUAUGAGGAUGUGGACAAUACUCAAUAUGAGGUAGGUAUAUAUGAGGUAGAUCAAUAUUAGGUAGAUCGAUAUGAGGUAGGUUAAUAUGAGGUAGAUCAAUAUGAGGUAGGUUUAAAUGAAGUAGAUCAAUAUGGGGUAGGUCUAAAUGAAGUAGCUCAAUAUAAGGUAGGGGUUUUGGGUUCUAAACAGUCAGAUUUUGUUUGAAAUACUGUAAAAUUUAGAUAGUUUUCAGGUAAAAUUGAGGAAAGAAGGUAUAUUAUGUUGUUCAACUAAUUCUGAGCUACUUCUUUAAGAAAAUCUCGGGGUUGGGGUUAGAUGGCUCAAGCUUAUUUGAACAAAUAUCUAAAAGCAAAUCUCGGGGUUAGGGGCUCAGAAUUAUUUGAUCAUAACUUUAAAAGAAAAUUUUUGAGGUUGCAGGACUCAGAAUUAUUUGAAAAAAGCUCUGAAAGCAAAAUCUCGGGAUUAGAAGGCUCAGAAUUAGUUGAACAACCUGAUAUUAUAGUAGGUAUAGGCCAUGUUUCAAAGAAAAAGUGCCAUUUUGAGUUAGAUCCUAAUCUUUUUUGAUGUUUAGAUAAUCAACAAGUAUCAAGGAGCCUUCUUCUCCGCUUCCCAAGAACAUUCACCUUUCGACGUGGUUGGAUGGCACGGCAAUUACACACCGUACAAGUACGAUCUGACAAAGUUCAUGGUUAUCAAUACUGUGUCGUUUGAUCAUUGUGUAAGUGAAGUAUAUAUAAGUAUAUGAUUUUUAGCUAAUUUUAAUUUUUUUUUCAAAAUUUUAAAAAUUUUUUGAAUUUUUUUGAAGUUUUUUUUAAAAAUAAAACCCAAAACUUUUAGGACCCAUCAAUCUUCACGGUCCUAACAGCCCCAUCAGUCCGACCAGGAGUGGCGGUGGCUGACUUUGUCAUAUUCCCACCGAGAUGGGGUGUGGCUGACCACAGUUUCCGACCACCAUACUAUCAUCGCAACUGUAUGUCAGAGUAUAUGGGUCUGAUCAAGGGUAACUACGAGGCCAAGAAGGGCGCGUUCUCACCUGGCGGAGGCUCUUUGCAUAGUAUGAUGACCCCACACGGUCCGGACCACAAAUGCUUCGAAGCCGCGUCUACCGAACAACUGAAGCCGGCUCGGAUUGCGGAAGGCACUAUGGUAAGGUUAGGGUACAUUAUGGAAGGGUACAGUGGAAGGGAGUGAUACAUUAUGAUAGGGUAUAGGUAGAGGUGGGGUAGGGUAAAGUAGGGUAGGGUAAAUUAGAAUAGGGUAGGGUAGGGUAGGGUAGGGUAGGGUAGGGUAGGGUAGGGUAGGGUAGGGUAGGGUAGGGUAGGUUAGGGUAGGGUAGGGUAGGGUAGGGUAUAGGGUAAAUUAGAAUAGGGCAGGGCAGGGUAGGCUAGGGUAGGGUGAAUAAUUACUUUGUAAAGUAUAACAUCGUACCUUUCAGGCCUUCAUGUUCGAAUCCUCGUUCAGUAUGAAAGUGACAGACAGCGCCAAGACUGAAAACGUUGACCAAGACUACUUUAAGGAUUGGCAGCCUUUGGAAAAACAUUUUAAUUAA